AGAAUCAGAAGAGAAUGCCAUGCGGAAAGCCAAAGACGAGCGUAUUAAAAUUACGGCGGCUUUUUUCCGCAUCAGCUUUGACGAAGAAGACAACGAGAAGGAAGACGAGAAAGAAGCAUCCCUAAUAAAAGAAUCGAAAAAAGCAACUGCACAAACAUCUAACGACGGCUUGAUAAAAGCGAGAAAAAAAUGCAGCAUCGCCAAAGCCGAAAUUUCUUCAAACUUAGCCGCAUCCGACUCUGAAUCUUCGCCAUCCACAUCAUCAUCCGUGCAUCGAAGUUGUGUUUUCAAACAGUCGUCAGAAAGCAUCGAUCUGCGAUCGAAUUUGAAUAAUACGGACGAAUGUGCGGUGUUAAAUCAUCAUACUUCGAAAAAGGAGGAUAAUAAGAAUAGCGAAGCGAUUUCGAAAAUCCAACCGCAAAUGGAUAAUUCCAACAGAAACUUCUCCGAACACAGAGCUGUCAUUGCGAAGGACUCACCAAUGAGGCUUGAACCUCCAUCGAUCGAGGAAGCGCGCACUGAUACGAAAUUAAUUACUGUAGAUAAGUCAUUGAAACGUUUUCAAUUAACAGCAAAUUUCUUGGAAAUUCCUUCGGAGACUUCGGAAUCCAGUGAACGUUUUCGUCUUCCAAAGUUAGCGGAACAGUCGACUGACGAAUACCUUUUUCACUCGGAUAGCAGAAAAGUAGAAAAAUCAGUGCCUUUAGUGGCAAUCACCGCGCUAGAUAGCCUCGACGAGAAAUCCAGCAAGAACGACAGUCGCAGGUCAACGUUACCGAUGACAAACGCCGAUUUGAGCCAGUCCAUCUUCCACGAGACCGGCCAGAAUUUUCCGACCUUCGAGGACAUCCUGGCCGGGACCAGCGUGAAUCCCAUCCGGAAGUUCAGCAUCGCGAACGCGGCGAUCUGCUCGAGUCUCGCUCCGAGCUUGCUCGGGGCUAUUCCUGGAGUGCCGAACUCCCUCUUGCCGAACGGAGAUCACAGGGACGGUAAUUUGCAUCGAAGUGCUACUUUGUCGAAUCUGUCGACCGCUUCCACCGCCAUCAGCGACGACACCUCUAUCGGUAGAACGCGUCGCGGAUUCAAGUCGUUUCUGCGUCUUCACAUACCCGGGCCGCAUCUCGACGCGAUAUGGACUGCCGACGCCGACGAGAACUGUCAGCAUCAUUUGCAUCAGCACGAUCAUCACCAUCACCAUCAUCAUCAUCACGUGUUCCCGCAUAUUCAUGUACCCACCAUCACCUUCACGGCGCCAGCCACCGAUGGCACUGGCCGCAAGUUCAACUUCGCCAUCCGAAGGCACUCGCAGGCGACAUUGCAUCGGACUGACUCGAUGGUAUCGCUUUGUUACCGAUCACUUACAAGCUACAUCACAGAUGAUAAUCUCGCCGGACUGCAGAGUUUCCUCGAAAAUAAACGAGUGCAGGUCGACGACAGAGAUGAGAAUAGUAGCACCGCCUUCAUCUUUGCUGCAACCAAGGGGAAAAUACACUUUGUCCGAGAACUCAUCAAUCAUGGAGCGGACGUCAACGCCGAAGACGCGGAUAAUUGGUCGGCACUGCUAUGCGCGGCAAAGGAAGGCUACACCGAAAUCUGUCUCGAGUUGUUGGAGCACGGUGCCGAUCUGGAGCAUCGAGACAUGGGUGGGUGGACGGCUCUUAUGUGGGCGACGUACAAGGGCAGGUCGGCGACGGUGACGAUGUUGCUGGCGCGCGCUGACGUCAACGCGCAUGGAAAUUUUCAUAUUUCCUCAUUAUUAUGGGCCGCUGGCAGGGGUUAUCCUGAUAUAGUCAAAGAUCUCAUUGCUCAUGGGGCGAAGGUCAAUGUCGGCGACAAGUAUGGUACCACGGCGCUCGUCUGGGCCUCGCGCAAGGGAAACGUAGAAAUAGUAGAUAUUCUUCUCAAGGCCGGGGCUAAUGUUGACACGGCAGGCAUGUAUUCGUGGACCGCCCUACUUGUAGCAACCCUGGGAAAUCACGUGGAAGUAGCGUUGCUUCUAUUGGAGCACAAGCCCAACGUGAACGCUCUAGAUAAGGAUGGUUGCACUGCCCUAGCGAUAGCCUGCCGAGAAGGUCAUCACGAAAUAGCGAGCGCCCUUCUAAAUUCCGGCGCAUAUGUUAAUAUUCAGGAUCGAGCCGGAGAUACGAAUUUAAUCCAUGCCGUUAAAGGUGGUCAUCGAAGCGUGGUGGAAUCGUUACUGAAGAAAUACGCGGACGUCGAUAUAGCCGGAAAGGUAAAAAAAACCGCAACUUACAUAGCAGUAGAGAAAGGCAAUGUGCCGAUACUCAAAUUAUUACUAAACGCUAACCCAGACCUGGAGAUUGCGACGAAAGACGGCGACACGCCUUUACUGAGGGCAGUGAGGUCGCGUAACGCCGAAAUCGUGCAAUUGCUUUUAGACAAGAAAGCCAAGGUCUCGGCUACGGACAAGAAGGGCGACACUGUACUGCACGUGGCGAUGCGUGCGCGAUCGAAAGCGAUCGUCGAGAUACUACUGAGGAAUCCAAAGAAUAGCCAGUUAUUGUACCGUCCGAAUAGACAAGGCGAGACACCCUACAACAUCGACGUCAAUCAUCCCAAGACGAUUCUUGGACAGAUAUUUGGUGCUCGACGUUUAAAUACUAACGAAGAUAAUGAGAAUAUGCUUGGAUACGACCUGUAUAGCAGCGCGCUGGCAGAUAUCCUCAGUGAACCGUCUCUUUCUACGCCGAUUACGGUCGGCCUUUAUGCAAAAUGGGGUUCUGGAAAGUCAUUCCUACUGAACAAGCUGAAGGAGGAAAUGAAGAACUUUGCACGACAAUGGAUCGAUCCAGUAUUCCAAUUCUCCUCGUUGCUCUUUCUAGUAGUAGCGCACAUAUCCUUAGUAGUGGGUCUCAUCAUAGGUCUCUCAUUACAAUCGUGGAUCAUCGGUCUAUCAGUCGGAAUAAGUUUACUGGUUAUCGUUUAUAUCUUUCUGGUACUCGUUUGGUAUGCUAAUAAGAGAUACGAUUGGUACUGGCCGUAUAAUCUGACAGUGGCGCUCACCACAAAACUGAACGCGCUAAAACUACUGUUGCAAGUCAUCUUUUGCCAUCCACCGGGCGGUCAGUGUCACGAUAGCAUAGCAGUGCAGCCGAUCAAAUUUUACUUCACUGAUCAGACCCGCGUGGGAACGACCGCCGCUGGCGAGAACGCGGUUGUCCAGAUGGUCGGCUCGCUUUACGACUCAAUUGAGAACGACUUCGGUUUGUUUGCCACCAGGCUAUACAGAGCGUUUCGACCGAAACCAGACAAGUCGACGACCAAGUGGAAAUGGAGGCAUCUAUGUUGUUUGCCGUACAUAGUUAUAUUCGAAUUCUGCUUUUGCAGCCUGCUAGUUGGUCUCUCGGUGCUUACGGUGUAUUUUAUAGAAAUGUCGAGCGACGAGCCUACGAUAGAUCGAGUAACUGCUCACAUCAUCAUGAUCACGAUCUGUUUGCUCCUGGCCGUCAGUAUAAUAGCGAAUUUGUACACGUGGAGCAGAACGCUGCAGGCGUUGGUUUUUUCACAGAGGAGACAUCUUCAGCGUAGCAUCUCGAAACUGGAAACUCUGAAAAGCGAAGGAUUCAUUCAGACUUUGAGAAGCGAAGUCAGUUUGAUGACGGAAAUGGUCAAGUGCUUGGACAGUUUCAUGGCUCAACAAAGUAGGCUAGUCAUAAUAGUGGACGGUCUAGACAGUUGUGAACAGGAUAAAGUUUUACUAGUUUUGGACGCUAUACAGGCCUUAUUUAGUGACAACGGGUAUCCUUUUGUCGUAAUAUUAGCAAUUGACCCACAUAUUAUAGCUAAGGCGGUGGAAGUGAAUAGCAGAAGAUUAUUCUCGGAAUCGAAUAUCGGCGGUCACGAUUACUUGCGGAACAUGGUGCACCUGCCGUUUUACUUGCAAAACAGUGGCUUACGUAAAGUCAAGGUCGCGCAACAGACCGCUCAGUACUGCAAAAAGACAGCGUGGACGGAGGCUGAGGAGAGCGUCAACUAUACUGCGACUAGCACCAUGCAUCACUCGGUAUCCAAUCGGAGACUUAGCUCGGAAUCAGCGAUAAUGAAUAGCAACGAGAAGUUGAAACCCCAGACCAGGAAGGGCAGUAGAAAAUUGCGAUUGAGCGAAUCGAUCGCUAGCAGUAUCGGCAGUAAUCUAAAUCGAUUAGGCGGUGCGCAGGAUCUUAACAAGAUGCUGCUUACUGACGAUUAUUUCAGCGACGUGAACCCGCGUAGCAUGAGAAGAUUGAUGAAUGUCGUUUAUGUCACUGGACGAUUACUCAAAGCAUUCCAAAUUGACUUCAACUGGUAUCAUCUAGCUAGUUGGAUCAAUAUUACUGAACAGUGGCCUUUUAGGACCUCCUGGCUCAUUCUUCAUUACGAUAUGUACGAGGAGAGCCUGGAUGACAACAUGUCACUAAAGAGUCUUUAUGAUAAAGUGCGACCGCAAAUUCCGGUAUUGAAGGAAGUGCAACCGCUCCUCGAAAUGGACAGGGACGAGCGCAAGCUGGAUGUCUUCCUCACUUUUCACCGAUCCAGCUUACUCAUCAGCGACAUGAAGAUAUUCUUGCCAUUCACCAUCAACUUGGAUCCCUACAUUAAAAAGAAGAUAAAGGAGGAGCAACAAAGCAUCGAGGAAGACGCAAAUCUCUAUAAACAGGCUAGUGUCUGGCACGGUGUUCCGGCUGAGCAGUGGGCCCCACAAAGAGGCAUGUUGACGAACCGACAUGCGAACCGACUCGUCAAACAAUCGAGCUUGCAGGGAUCCGUCCCGCCGACACCAUCGUGGGCUUAUCAGCCAAGCCUCGAAUGGCAAACUCCACCGACUUGGAUGCAAAUGCCACCCAUGGAACCAGCGCCGAAACCUCUUUCCGCAACAACCACAUUACCGUCUGAAAUUCUGGAAUUGAAGCUCUCGUCCUUAUCAGUAAACGGAGUCUGCGACUUAAUCGACAAAAUUGAUAGUCUUAACUCGACUCAAACACCAACGUACAAGCAAGUCGUUAAGGAGAACAACAUCAACGGCCGUGUUUUAUUACAUUGCGAUUUGCAAGAACUAAAGAAGGUGUUUAAAAACUUUGGGGAUUGGGAACUGUUUCGUAUGGUAAUUGUAUCGCUUAGGGAAAUGGAACUCUCGUCUUUCACAUACGAGGAGGGUCCUCGAAGUGUCCGAUUUACUGUAGGAUCCGAACAAAUUAUACGCAAAGAUCACGCGUUGCAAAAUAAUUCAAUACGUAUGCCUGCUCACGUAGAAAAAGAGAAAGGAACAUCAAGAACAGAUGGACCGGUCCGUCGUGACCAAAAUAAACAAUCUAUCAUGGAAAAACAGUUUCAGGUAACAUUAGAGGAGCAAAUGAUUUGUGGAGCAUUGCAGACUUUGAAUGAAGAAGCUUGCGAAGAUGUAUUAGAUGUGCCAUCAUCUGCACCACUGGCACCAACGACAGACUCACUUUCUUCAGGACCCGUUGCUACGUCGAUUCACGACACGGAUUACGUGUUGCUUCAAGCCAGUCCGCUGUUUCGCUGGGCGCCGAUCACCGACGAACCGGCCAGCUCCGACGACAGCUCCCACGACUCCACGGUGUUUCUUCAGCGUACGAAUUCUCAGCGCAGCAUCGCGUCCCAAUACAGCACGAGAUCCGCCUGUUCGCAUACCCCGAAGAAGACUGUCGGCACCACCAGACCAUCCUCGCUGUUCGUCUCGCCGCCGUCGUCGCCAAAACCUGCACUUAGAUCCAAAUCGACCGACGAGAGAUACAUGGGGAACAGCAUCCCCUUGAAGACGUCAUCUACCGUAUCUACCAGGAAGAGACGUUCGAUCCCAACGUUGAGCGACGAGGUAAUGAUAACGGUACCCGCUACCAGUCUGGAGAAGCUGUCGAAGUUGAAGGACCGUCUGAUAGGUACUGCGCCAGCGGAGUCGUCUCCCGGUGUCGAGAGCGACGACGAGUCCACGCCGCUGGUAUCCGAGCUGUCCACACCAACGCACUCGCAGUCUGACAGCGUCUUCAGGCACAGCGCGGAAAAUAGCAGCUCGCCCUCGUCCAGCAGGAGUUUACCGCGGGAUGGGGAACGUUCCGUAGAUGUGGAUUAUUACUCCGACACCGCAAGUCUGGUGAUACGAGAGUCCUCGAAUGCUCCGCAAUCGCCUCCCCGCGGUCAGGAUACCGAUGCCCCGAGAUGGGAGAAUCCGGAGACGCCUGUUUGAUAAUCUCCGUUUGAUUUUCAGACAUGCAAUAAUUCGCGGUGCACAUUCGACUGAUGUACACAAAGUCUGAGGAUGACUGGCGUUUAUCUUAGAAAGGCCUAUAUGUAUAAAUACUUGUGCUUAUGUUUUGAUAUAAGUAUCGAGAUGAGAGAUAUCAUAUCUGUAAAUAGCGAAUAGACAGCGUGCGAGAAGCUUUUUCUAGAGAUAAAGCGAUUAAACGUGUUCAUCCGCUUAUUAUUAGUGGAAUCGAGACGAGUAAAAUGCCUUUGUGCGCAAAUUGUUGUGCAAUAAUGGUCCUUACUAGUUUAGCGAAACGAGUCUUAAGACUACGAUGCCGAAACGACAUUCCAUGUAAAUAUUGAUGCAUUUACGAGUUCAAGUAUUUAUCGAUAUUUUUCUUUUUACUACUGAAAUGUGCUAAAAAAAGGAGACAAAGAGCUCUUCCCAACUGAUAGUGCGCAAAUAUCCUAAACCCAAUAAUCGAUUUACGUCAAUUUGUAAUGUCAGUGCAAAUAGGUGACUUAAAAGGUAAUAAAUAAAUGCUGAAGAGAAUAUUUUAAAGAAAAGAGAUAAUCCAAACGACCAAUAAAUACAUUGUCUAUUAGACUGUAUAUAUAUAUAUAUUUAGUACAAUUUAUAGAAGUUUAUCCAAUACAGUUCUAUUGAAUAAAAAUGUA